AUGGCUUCUGUUGUGGCUCCGCUCCUUGGCAGCGGUGCUUCUGCGAUCGACCAGGCGAGGGCCUCGCCCCAGGCCGUCGGCGCGCGGCGCGCGUCUCUCCGGCCUCUCCAGGAAGCUUCUGGCGGCUGCGGUUCUGCUUGCAGGGCCUCCGCUGUGCUCACCGCAGCCGGCGCAUUCCUCAGCCUUCGGAGGUCCGAGCGCUGUCGGCGCCAAGCCGCCUCGGCCUCUUCCUCUGCCUCUCCGCGUGUGGCGGUGAUUGGCGCUGGCCCGGCCGGCUUGGCGACGGCCCUGGCCCUCCGAAAGGAAGCGAAGCUCCAAGACGUCACGGUCCUGGAGCGCUCGCCUGAGCUCAGGCCAGGGGUGGGCGGCGGAGUGCAGCUGCACUCCGGCGCCUCCUUGCUGGAAGAACUGGGUGUGGAUCUCAGCUUCGCACAGCCACUUCGGCGGAUUCGGAGUCGUUCUGCAAGUGGCGAAGACCUUCUGAAACUGGACCUCCCGAGCUUGAUCGACAACUUCGAGGCCUUCUCCGGCUCCGUGCGCCGCUCUGAUGGAGAGCCAGCGAGCUGCACCGUCAUGCGAGAUGCACUGCUGGAAGCCAUGGCGCGCGAACUUCCGCCGGGAAGCAUUCGCUUAGGCACGAAGCUUCUGGACGUGGAGACGAACUCGGAUGGGCAAGCGGCGACGUGCCGCUUCGAAUCCGGGGAAGAGGAGUUCGACCUCGUCGUCGCCGCGGACGGCAUCGGCAGCAGGGCGAGAAGCUGCGUGCUCGGGGAGGAGGACGAAGAGGCGCCUCGAUACACAGGCCUUCGCAUCCAGUAUGGCGUCAGAGAGGCUGGUGGACGGCCGGCCGGCUGCGAGGAAGAAGUCCAUCAGUGGUUUGGUCAAGGUGUCUACGCGCUGACCGCCACCUACGGCGGCAUCGGCGGCAAGCGAUUUGAGAUGAUGGCCGUCGUCUUCAGGGAAGAGGCUCCAGCCGCAGAGAAUGCUGACUGGGAUCCUGCAGAGAUCAAGGACAGCUGUUUGCAGAGGUUGCAGCAAGCAGGGCAUGCCGGGGAGGUUCUGGAGGUCGCCAAGGGUUGUGAGCGCUUCUUCGAGCUGGGUGUCUUCGAGAGGCCCGUGGGAUUGAACCGCUGGCACCGUGGCCGGGUGGUUCUCCUUGGCGACUCGGCGCACGCUAUGCCACCCUUCCUGGGCCAGGGCGCGAACCAGGCCAUCCAGGAUGCCGUGUGCCUCGCGCGUUGGCUGCGCCGGGUCGGCUUCGCCGAUGGUCCAGGAUCCUUGGAAGCUGGCUUGCUCGGCUACACGGCGCAGCGCUUGCCCCCGGUGGCCGUCCUGGGCAUUGAGAGCGGAUUCCUGGGACAAGUCGAGACAUUGCCCGGAGAUCUCGGCGCGAUGGUUCGGGAGAACUUCUUCCGGCUCACCGCGGGCACGGGCGUGGCAGGACUGGUGUUCCUCAACGGCGCGAUUGCCAGAGUUUGA